AUGCCUCCUCCUCCCCCUCCUGCUCCCCCACGACCGCCGUUGAAACAGACCCCACAAAACCAUCAAAUAUUCGACCCCUGGAACUCCGCUUCAACGGGCCAUCAGCGUGCCGAGAACCCCUACUCGAACACUACCGCCUGGCGCGACACCCGCGCGCACAAGCUGGCGCGCCAGUUACGCGGUGGCGACUGCAACGAAGAUAGUGAAGACGGGGUGCGCACGGCGCAGGCAUUCGAUGGGACAUGCGGCUUGGUGUCGCCCACGAGAGACGAGGGCCGCGUUGUGAAGGGCGGAGAGUGGCGCUGGGUGUCGGAGGAGGAGGCGAAGCGGGCGAGGCUGGGCGUUCGGGAUAUUCGGUGCUUUAUGGGGGUUGGGAAAAGGAGGGCCGGUGGGGACUUAGAGGGCCAGACUGGGAAGAAGGCGAAAAGCACAGGUGAUAGGUUGGAGAGGGCUUCUGCAUUUAAGUCUGGCAUUGCUGCUUCGCUGACUUCGGCGGUGUCGUCGUCGGCAUCGUCGUCGUCAGAGCCCGAUGCCAAAGCCAUGGCACCGAAUACUGUACAGGAGAAAUCUAAGCCAGACUCGCAAUCUGCAGCUGCUUCUGUAUCGACUCUCUUUGCCGGAACCACUAUCUAUGUCAACGGCUCGACUCUCCCUCAGAUUUCGGAUCAUAAGCUGAAACAGCUCCUUGUCUCGCACGGCGCAAAGGUGUCCAUUGCCAUGGCACGUAGAUCGGUGUCACACGUUGUUAUCGGUCAGCCUAGUGGCAUUGGACAAGGGGCCGGUGGCGGUCUUGCGGCGCGGAAGUUGCAGCAGGAGAUUGAGCGGGGUGGUUGGAAGGGCGUUAAAGUGGUUGGUGUUGACUGGGUUUUGGAGAGUAUUAAAGCCGGGAAAAGGCUCGCCGAGUCCAGAUUCGCGGCUAUGCAUGUCGCGCCAAAGGGACAAAGGAGUGUUGCAGGCAUGUUUGGUGGUCGGUAG